CUACGUAAUUCUGUUUAUAACUUUUGACACCCCAGAUGAGGAUGUGUUCAGCUAAUAAUACCUCCUCCCCUGCUUGAAUUGGUCUCCUAGUAUCUCCUAGGAUGAUUUGUGAAAAACUAGGGAAAGUGAGUAGAUUAUCAGCAAUGAGUGGAGCUAUUCACGUUUUGACGGAUUUAAAGUACGAUUACAUGGUCCCAAUGGGUUUGAGGUUACUCAUUGGGCAAGGGAGAAACUAUUCGCAAUUGGCAUUCGUUCCAAAAUACGAACCCCCGAAACCAGACGACUUGACAAAGUUAUCAAAUUUUAUUAAAAAUUCUGGGAGACUCUGUGUCCUGACUGGAGCUGGAGUGUCUACGGAGAGUGGUAUUCCAGACUAUCGCUCUCAGGGGGUUGGAUUAUAUGCUACAAGUAACAAGAGACCUGUUUUGUACCAGGAUUUUAGAAACAAAGAACCUAUCAGACGGAGGUACUGGGCAAGGAACUAUAUAGGAUGGCCAAGAUUUUCAAAUGUCCAACCCAACGGCACCCACAAAAUCCUAAAACACCUGGAAGACCUCGGAAUAGUGAAUUGCAUCGUAACUCAAAACGUGGACGGUCUCCACUCGAAAGCAGGCAGCAAAAACGUGAUAGAGCUUCAUGGCACAGCAUUCAGGGUAAUGUGUUUGAGUUGCGAUAAAACAAUUAAUCGACAUGACUUCCAGAAAGUUCUGGAUAAGGCAAAUCCAUCGGUGACAUUGGUCAGUAAGGCCAUAAGACCGGACGGUGAUGUCGAGCUCUCUGAAGAGCAAAUUGAGGGCUUCAUCCUACCUCCUUGUCAAAAUUGCGGAGGAGUUCUUAAACCAGAUAUCGUUUUCUUCGGAGAUAAUGUUCCUCGCGUUGUCGUUGAGACUGUCCAAACAUCUGUAGACAAUGCAGAUGCUUUACUUGUCCUUGGCACUUCUUUAACCACGUUCUCUGGUUAUAGAAUUAUCCUGCAAGCUGUUGAAGCCAACAAACCAAUUGCUAUUGUAAAUAUCGGGGAAACUCGAGCUGAUUCCUACGCAAAUGUUAAGAUUGAGAGUAGAUGUGGCGAAGUUUUCUCAAAAGUAUUUCCAUCCUCCAAUUUUGGGAAAGGUAGUUAAUAAAAAAUAAAUGUAGACAUCCUCGUGGAAGGAAAUUUCAAUUGUUCUGGAGUUAACACAAUUUAUCGGGAAUAAAUUUAUUAUUGAUAGUUA